AUGCCACGCAACAAUCGCCUUUCUAUGGACGAGCAGGCUGAAAUCGACGUCAUGCGCGACCUGGGAUGGAGUGUUCGCCGGAUGAGCCAGCGGAUCGACCGCUCUCGAGACUGCAUUGCACGGUAUUUGCGGAAUCCACUCGCGUAUAAUACGAAAACUUUAACCGGAAGACCGAAGAAGCUGAGCGAACGUGAUCGCCGUUCAAUUCUUCGAUUGGCGUCGAACAGCACGAAGACGGCUAGCGAAAUCAGGGAAGAAUUGGGGCUCCAAGUGAGCAAAGACACGGUCAUACGUGUGAUUAAUGACUCUACCUCGAAAGACGCCGGACCUGCUGUACGAAAGGAAGGUGUGGAAGCUAAAGGUAGUUCGUUGGGUAAGCGAAGUUUACCACUAGUGAAAGCACCUGUCGAAGGGAAGAAGCCACGGGUCGGAACAAAAUCUCCAGCCACUCGCGCAAAACCUGGAAAACGCAACUUAGAGACACCAGACUCUGAAGAGGUACGAAAAGAUGAGGAAGUUGUGGCUGAUUCCGCGAACAGUUCAAAAGAAGCCCCUAAACUGGAUGUGGAGAAAGACUUACUACAUGAGGAAGGUAAAGUGGCGGAACAGAUGAAGCAGGAGGAGACGCACGAUCAAUCUUUUGGAGAUAGUAAGUCAGCGAACGACGAAAAGCAAGAUACUGCGCAGAAGUCGACCCCUAAGCAGGAUGAUGAUGACUGGGAGAAUUUCGGAAAUACUAGCGAUGAAGAGGAAUCGAUCGCUGCUUCUGAGCCAGUUAAGAAGAAGAAGAAGGUCAAGCCCAAGACUACUGCAUCUAAGCCACUCAAGAAAAGCAUACACUCUGACCCAUUUGUUCGUCGUAGUGGGCGAAAUGUGGUCCGCAAGAGUUAUGUGGUAAAAGAUGACGACGGGGAGGACUCGUUGAGUUCGUCACCGUCUGCAUCGGAUAGUGAAAGCGAAGGUGUAGGCCAGCGACAACUUCGACAGAGUAGUGAUAAUCCACGAGUUCAGCCUGACACUGAAACUGAAGCCUCUUCGGUUGCCGAAGAUCCAGAUGAUAGCGACGCGAGCUUCACUCCAUCCAAAGCUCAGCAACCAAAACGAGGCAGCGGAGGAAAAGGCGGAGGUAGCAGUCGACCACAAGCGAGAAACCCAUUUGUUCGUCGUAGUGGGCGAAAUGUGGUCCGCAAGAGUUAUGUGGUAAAAGAUGACGACGGGGAGGACUCGUUGAGUUCGUCACCGUCUGCAUCGGAUAGUGAAAGCGAAGGUGUAGGCCUAGCGACAACUUCGACAGAGCCUGACACUGAAACUGAAGCCUCUUCGGUUGCCGAAGAUCCAGAUGAUAGCGACGCGAGCUUCACUCCAUCCAAAGCUCAGCAACCAAAACGAGGCAGCGGAGGAAAAGGCGGAGGUAGCAGUCGACCACAAGCGAGAAGUUCGAAGACAGAACGCGAAGUAUUCCUCUCUUCGCUGCUUCCAGUGUCGAACGCUCCAACGAAAACCCAAGCUUCGCGCCCGACUUCUUCCAAACCACUGAAACCGUGGCAAAAAGUGAAUGAACCUGUCACAUUGGGUGACAUUGUCGUACCUCCAAGAGCAUUGAGGCGUGGCGAGAGAAAAAUGGCGAAGUUCAGGAUUCUUGCUGCGGCGCUGGCCGUUGGUAGGAAGCUGGAGAUGACACAGGAAGAAGGUGAUCGAAUUGUGGAUGGAAUGAAUUCCAAGUGCGUUUCAAAAGCUACAGCUGUACCGUCUUCUGAAAAUAUGAAGGAUCCCGAAGAGGGUGCGUCUUCCUCUGAGGAUGAAUGGGAGGACAUGGUCCCUGCUGACGCUGAUGAAGCCAAGGGAAAGCAUGUACAAAUAACACUCAAUAAAGCUGAGGAAAAGAACUGGUGGGGACUCUAUCUUCGUCAAGAAGUGAACAAAUGCGUUCGUGAAAACUGGGAAAAUUGCCACAAGAUGCCCUCUGGGUACCAGGCACUAGUGGGCGAGACUAUGACGGUGGAAAACGCUCGAAGAAUCGUCAAAUAUUUCCACAGCGCCUUCAAGCCAUCUGGAGCUCCUAUAACGUUUGAACCAGGGCUGUGCCGAUUCGACGCCACUGCGCGCUACUCUGAGAUGGUCUCACGGCAAGAGUUUGAAAAUGAUGCCGACCGUGCAGCCCUUCUUUUUGCCCUUUUCGUUUCUAUGGAAUGUGUAGCGCGCAUUUGUGUCAACACUCAAACAAUUCCAAGGAAAUGGGAUACGAGUGUUCUAAAAGAAGUUGCAAAGAUGAGAAAAGAAAGUUCUGUUCCUGCCAGUUCUGCCACUGCCUCUACGUCAUCGAAAAAGAAACCGAAGGCUAAAGAGAGCUCGAAGAAAAAAGGCUCAGCCGCAGGCGAUCACCGUGGGAUGAUUCGUAAUUACUGGGUUGAAUACUGGGACAAAAAACAGAAUAAAUGGAUAUGCGUCGAUCCACUUCUGGCGUCUGUUGAUGACCCAAAUUCCUUUGAAGAGAAUAUGACGAAACCUGUCGUUUAUGUGUUGGCCAUUGAUAAUGAGGGUGGUGUCCGUGAAGUGACAGCUCGGUAUGCUGCCGCCUUUUCACAUCCUGAUUUUCGUCGACGUCGAACUGAUCAGAAUUGGCUUUCCAGUACUCUCAGGAAGAGCAUGAUUAGGGCGGAUCGAAAGAGAGGACAACUGGAGGACGUCCAACUCCGGCAAGAACUCGUCAAUAAACCACUACCUGUCACCUUAUCGGAGUACAAGAACCAUCCUUUGUGCUGUGUGAAGGACUAUACCAACCUUCAUUUUGACAGAUAUGUUCUGGAAAAGGAUCUGCUGAAAUUCGAAGGUAUUUAUCCAAGACCAGAAGAUCAAAAGCCUCUGGGUGAAGUUCGAGGUCACAAAGAAGGAGAGAAGGCAUAUAAAGUGGUGAAAGCUCGUCCUAAUUUACAUGUUCCUGCUGAAGAGCGUGAACCAAGAUUUCUGGAUUUGUUCGGAUAUUGGCAGACGGAGCCGUUUCGACCACCGAAAGUGGUUAAUGGCCGUAUUCCACGUAAUGAGUUCGGCAAUGUGUACAUGUACGUACCAUCUAUGUGUCCAAUUGGGGCAGUUUUUCUUCGCCUUCCUGGUUUACCAUCCAUAGCUCGCCGUUUGGGAGGGCUGGAAUGCGUGCCAGCAGUGGUCGGAUGGGAUUUCAAUUCAUGCACGAACUUUCCCAUAUUAGAUGGCGCUGUCGUUCUGGAAGAGGACGCCGAAAAAUUCAUCACGGAAUAUAAGCGACUUCAAGCGACUAAAGAAGAACGGGAAAACAAGCGUCGAGAAGAACGUGUGUUGGGAAAUUGGCGAAAGCUCAUCCGCGGCAUACUUCGGCUUCACUACGUCAAGUCCAAGUUUGGAGCGACAAAAUCCAGAGCGCAAGCUGCAACCAUGCACUGUAUAAAAGCAGAAAGUCUGCGUCGAGAAGAACGUGUGUUGGGAAAUUGGCGAAAGCUCAUCCGCGGCAUACUUCGGCUUCACUACGUCAAGUCCAAGUUUGGAGCGACAAAAUCAAAGCCGAAAGGAAAGAAGAAGAAAGGAGUGAAAGAGGAAACUGAAGAAGAAAGUUGCGUCAUCGAUAGAACCGUUAUGGGAGAGCGUCAAGUCUUUACUCAUGACGAUUUGAUGAAGCUUAAACACUAA